AGGCUCAUCAUGUACAGGACGAAGGAGCAGAAGCGACGCCGUGCCGAGGCUCGCGACAAGCUCGUGGCCAGGAGGACCGAGAUGCUGCUCCGCGGCCAGCCCCCGCCAGAGGACGAGGAGGAGGAACUACUUCUCGACGACGCCUAUGCAGACGACCUCCUCUGGUCUAAGAUGCUGUCUUUCUGCGACGCUGGCUACCUCAUGGGCAUGGGCUGCACCGAGCAGGGCUGCGAAAAAAACAAGGAGCAGAUACUGGAGGCAGGCCUGCAGGCGCCCCACGCGUACGGCAUCCUCGACGUCAAGGAGGUGCAGGACGCGGAGGGGAAGCUGCACCGCCUGGUCCAGAUCCGCAACCCGUGGGGCGAGGAGGCGCCGCGGACCUGGAACGGGGACUGGGGCAAGGAUUCUGGAAAGUGGACUUUCGACUUGAAGCUUCAGCUAGGUGUUGUGAACCGGUCGAACGUGAACAUGUACGACCAGAUGUCAAUCUUUUGGAUGAGCUUCGAAGACGUGAAGGAGUACUUCGCGGUCGUCGACGUCUGCCGCGUGCACGACGGCUGGGAGGAGUACCGCGAGCGCGGCUGGCUGCCCUGCGGCGUCGGGCCGGGCGAGGCGUUCGACCUGACCGUCUACGAGAGGACGCAGGUGGACCUUGUCCUGUGGCAGGAGAAGCACAUCAUGCGCAACAGCGCUGUCGGCGCCAGCACCAAUGUGGAUGUUGGUCUUGCGGUGCUGAGACGACGAGGCCGCAACGAGGACGGCAGCGAGGAGUUCGAGUGCGUGGAUUACAUCAAGCGCACCCUGGACGAUUGCGUCAGCCAGGAGGUCAUCCUCGAGGGAGGCUACGUGUACCAUUUGGUGCCCUUCUGCUUCAAUCAGAUGCAGGCGAUGGCGCCAAGAAGAGUCACCAUGGUGGUGCACGCGUCGAACCCCGUGCAGGUGCAGAAGGUGACGUCCACCUGGGACACGCUUGCUCGCGCUGCAUUUGGGGUAGCCUCGUCAAAG